AUGAGCUCUAGCAACGAGCACUUUGGGUACUUGGGGAUGCACUCGAGCAAAGUAAGAGGAAGUCAGCAGUAUGAUAAUAGUAUAGAAAAUGAGAUGUUCGAGUUCAACGACCAGAGAGAGGGCAAAGAUGAAAAACGUCGACGGUGCGUGCGACGCAUGCGUGAGGCGUCGAAGGCCGCCGCGCCGGAGCCUCCGCUGGGCAGGGCUGCCACC